GAGAGAGAGAGAGAGACUCAGUCAGUCCUAUUGCUCCUGAUAGUCUGCACCCACCCAUAUCCCACCCCUUUCUCAGACACAGCCAGCAGUUACACCAAGACAGCCCUACACACAUACACACUCAUUUUGCCUUUUACUAUAUCAAAAGAAAACCUAUUAUAGGUAAGGGGGGAAAGGCAGGAAAAAUAGACCACACAAAUAUAACCUUAGUCCUUUGGAGUCGUUGCAUUGCAAAAGGAAGGAAAAGAACAGCCAGUGUGAAUCCUACAGUUGCUGGUGGAAGAUUUAUUGAAAAAGCUAGCAACGAAAAGAGCGAAGGCAUGCUGGAUUUUAAAGGGAUCUAUCACCUUAUGGUUGUAGGUGCGGUGCUGUCAACUUUCUGCAUUCAGGCGUCUUUUGCAACGGGCUAUUUCCAGAUCAGGUUUAACUCGGUGCAGAACGUUAACGGCGAGUUGGAGAAUGGGGAUUGUUGUGACGGAUCUCGGAAUCCUCUGGAUCGAAAAUGCACUCGGGACGAGUGUGAUACCUAUUUUAGACUCUGCCUGAAGGAGUACCAAGCCCGCAUUACCACCACAGGAGCCUGCACUUUCGGCAGUGGAUCAACCCCUGUCCUGGGCAAAAAUACCUUCUCCCUCCCGGAUAAAAACACAGCAGGGAGCAUUGUUAUCCCCUUCCUAUUUGCCUGGCCGAGGUCAUACACGUUAAUAGUGGAAGCAUGGGACCAAGAUAAUGCAACAGCUGACGAAGGGCAACUGAUUGAGCGAGCUGCUCACACAGGAAUGAUCAACCCCGGGGCCCAGUGGAUGACCCUGCAGCACCAUGGAGCCGUGGCUCACUUUGAAUACAGCAUCCGUGUGAAGUGUGAGGAAUAUUACUACGGCACGGCCUGCAACAAACUCUGCCGGCCCCGUGAUGAUGUGUUUGGUCACUUUGUUUGUGACCAGAAUGGGAACAAACUGUGUAUGGAAGGCUGGAUGGGGAGUGAAUGUACUAAAGCUAUUUGUAAACAAGGCUGCCAUUCGAUCCACGGAGGAUGUAAAGUUCCUGGAGAAUGCACCUGUCUGUACGGGUGGCAAGGGCAGUUCUGUGACGAGUGUAUCCCGUACCCAGGAUGUGUCCAUGGGACAUGUGUCGAGCCAUGGCAGUGUAACUGUGAAACCAACUGGGGAGGGCUGCUAUGUAACAAAGACUUGAAUUACUGUGGAACACACCAUCCGUGUAUCAAUGGAGGAACUUGUAUGAACACAGAACCUGACGAAUACCAGUGUGUUUGUCCUGAAGGGUAUUCUGGCAAGACCUGUCAUAACGCUGAGCAUGCUUGUGUGUCCAACCCGUGUGUGAACGGAGGGACCUGCUCCGAGCUCCCAUCUGGGUUUGAGUGCCGUUGUGCUUCGGGUUGGAAUGGAACAAUCUGUGAGCGCGAUAUAAAUGAAUGUGUGUCCAGCCCUUGUGCACAUGGUGGGACUUGUAUUAAUCAUGUCAAUGGAUUUGAUUGCAUCUGCCCUGAGCAAUGGAUCGGGAAAACUUGCCAGCUGGAUGCUAAUGAAUGUGAGAUGGAGCCUUGCGUUAAUGCUUAUUCUUGCAGAAACUUGAUUGGUGGAUAUUACUGUGACUGCUUCCUGGGAUGGUCUGGACAAAACUGUGAUGUCCAUAAUGACAUCUGCCACGGACAGUGUCAGAACGGAGGGACGUGCAAGCACGACAGUGUGUACAGUUACCAGUGCAUCUGCCCGCGUGGAAUUGUCGGCAGAAAUUGUGAAUUCAAAAUGAACGAAUGUGGAAGCAAGCCUUGUUUGAAUGGAGGCCGGUGUCAGGGUCUGAUCGGUGGGUUCCGCUGUCACUGCAUUCAGGGUUACGCAGGAACCUUCUGUGAGAGAAAAGUCAACUAUUGUGAUCCGAACCCAUGUCAGAAUGAAGCAAAAUGUUACGUUCUUGGUGAAGAUUAUUACUGCGCAUGCCCCGAGGACUACGAAGGGAAGAAUUGCUCGUUUCUGAAGGACCACUGCAGAUCCGCACCUUGCCAAGUGAUCGACAGCUGUACUGUGGCAGUCUCCAGCAAUGCCAGUCAGGGUGGCAUCCGUUUUAUCUCAUCCAAUGUCUGUGGUCCUCGUGGGAGGUGUAUCAGUCAGCCUGCCGGGAAUUUUACCUGUGCCUGUGACCGAGGCUUCACUGGAAUGUACUGCCAUGAAAAUAUCAAUGACUGCACAUUGAAUCAAUGUAAAAACGGAGGCACAUGUAUUGAUGGGAUUGAUUCCUUCCAUUGUAUUUGCCCCGAUGGGUGGGAAGGUGAACUGUGUGAAAUUGAUUUCAAUGAUUGCAACCCCAACCCCUGCCACAACGGUGGCCGAUGUGUGGAUGGACUGAAUGAUUUCCACUGUGAAUGUAGGAAUAACUGGAAAGGAAAGACUUGCCACUCCAGAGAGAACCAAUGUGAUGAAAAUACCUGCAGUAAUGGUGGCACGUGCCAUGAUGUGGGAGAUACCUUUCGAUGUGCGUGUGCUCCCGAGUGGAGUGGGAGUACCUGUAAUCUUGCAAAGAACAGCAGUUGCAUCCCGAACCCAUGCCAGAACGGAGGGACGUGUGUGGGAAGUGGUGACACUUUCACCUGUGUGUGUAAGGAAGGAUGGGAAGGUCCAACCUGCAGUCAGAAUAAGAAUGACUGCAACCCUCACCCAUGCUACAAUGGAGGCAUCUGCGUGGAUGGUGUGAAUUGGUUUCGAUGUGAAUGCGCUCCCGGCUUCGCUGGACCAGACUGUCGGAUCAACAUCGAUGAAUGUCAGACAUCCCCUUGUGCUUAUGGAGCCACUUGUGUGGAUGAGAUUAAUGGGUACAGGUGCAUCUGCCCUCCUGGAAGAGCAGGUCACAGAUGCCAAGAAGUCAUCGGCUUUGGGAAGUCAUGCUUUAUAUCGGGACAGUACCAUCCGCAUGGAAUCCGAUGGGAACAGGAGUGUAACACCUGUCAGUGCCUGAAUGGCAAUGUGAACUGCACAAAGGUAUGGUGUGGUCAGAAGUCUUGCUUGUUGCAAGACAGACCUGGCCAUGAGAACUUCAUGUGCCCAGAGUCCCAGCAGUGCCAGGCCAGCCCACGGCUCAAGUGCUUCUCUCCUCCAUGCACCGACUGGGGAGAGUGCAACGCCUUAAACCCUCCUCCUGUUGACUCUAAAUGCCACCCCAACACCGGCCAGCUGGACAACAACUGUGCAAAGAUCACACUCAUCUUUAACAAGGAGAAGAUUCCGAAGGGCAUCACUGUGGAAUAUAUCUGCUCAGAACUGAGGUAUCUACCAGUCCUGCGGAGCCUUUCCAAGGAGCGGACUCUGUUUGUGUUGUGUGACCUCGCCAACAGCUCUGACAGUGCAGUGGAAGUGGCCAUUUCAUUUACCCAACACGGUGAGGACCGGGAUGGGAUCCUGAUCCGGGAGGCAGUCACAAAAAUUGUGGACAAUGUGACCAAGCGACAGAACAGCACGAUGAUGCUCGCAGUCAUCGAGGUGAAAGUAGAGACGGCUUAUGUUCCUCAUUCCCAGCCAGUGUAUCUGAUUCCAGUGCUCACCGUGGCAUUCGGAAUGGUGAUCUGUAUCAUCAUCUGCAUCUGGUGGACCCGGAAACGGAGAAAAGAGCGAGAGAGAAGCCGGCCGUCCAUGGAUGACAUGGUGAACAAUCAGUGGGAACCCCUGAACCCCAUCAGGAACCCCAUCGAUAAACCCUGCAGCAACAAAGACCUUCAGUGUGAAUGCAAAAACUUAAUGGCUCCUUGCAGCCGGACUCUAAUGGCAAGAGAGGAAGUGGAGGAGGAGUUGGGUGUGGACAAGUGUCACUCCCAAAGGUGUACAAUUACAUUCUUGCCAGCAAAAGGCGAUGUUAAAUCUUCACCGUUGACUCCAGUCAAACAGGUGCAUCGAAUGGGCAACAGGGAGAAACACUGCCUAAAAAAUGUGAACUCUUCAAAUUGUGAAGGAGGUAAGGAUCUUUCUGUAUGAACCUAUGGGAGAGUUGUUUUGUGCCUACAGUUUUUUUUAAGAAAAAGAGAGAGAGAAAAGGAGGAGGAUAAAUUAAGAGAAAUUCUCCUUUUACCUCCUUGUCCCAUUGAGACUGAAACCAUCUCUUGAAGUCUUCAUGGUCAGUCAGUGUCUCUUUCUUUUAUCUUUUGGUGUGUGUAUAAAGCAUUAUUUACCAAGUGUCUCUUUAAAUCUUGUAUAAAUUAUUUGUGACUUGUUCAGUGUCAAGAUCUCUUUGCCAGUUGCUAUAUUGUGUGUUAUUGUCUCUCCUCCUAAAUGGUCAUUGGAGGAGGGUAGCACCCUUGUGUGUCCCUUAGCAACAGAAAAGGAGGAACCAAGCUUAUUAUUCAGUGUCCUCCCAUUUUACACCAAAUGCAAUGUUUACAUAGGUUUUAUUGUGGUCCUUUUCUUUAGCAGUACUUGACCGUUAUGUUCCUGUUCCCCAACGAGGUGUUUUCGAUGUUCAGUCAAGCGAUUGGCCUGUUCUUUUGGGUGACCUUUCACCUUAUUUGCCCAAAGCUACAUUGGUGACAGUUGCCUGCUGUUGGGUCAGAUUUUGGAGAUGGGCUGGGACAGGGUUGGGGUGAGAAGUGGAGAUUUGUGGAAUUUAUCAGCGUCACCGUCGUGGCUCAUGCUGACAGGGUUUGUGCCUUCAGUGAAUGUGCUGCUUUUUUUCAUCAAGCCCUCACCCCGAGCUUUCUGUUUCUGGGAAAUUGUUGACUUGCUAGACUUCGGGGAGCAGAAAAGGGGGGAAAUGAGGGUUUAUAUAUUGGUGAGAGGGGAGUGGUGAUAAGGCAUAGAGGAGCUGUGCAAUGAGUCUGAACUUGUCCCCUUCUUUGAUGACUGUCAAAAUAGUCAAGAGGGGUGUGAUUUCCCAGGAUUCCAACCUUAACAAGCAAAGGUAAGGAAUGGAAUAGGAGACAGUAGCUUCAAUCAAAGUGUCUUCUGCAAAUAUUAGGAUUGGAGGAAGGAGUUGGAGGGGUGGGGGGAGCAAUUUCUUGACAGGGAAAAUACCACAGGAUCAAAGUGCCUUGUUUCUUUCUGUCUGGUCCUCUAAAGGACAUGAAUUUAUCCACAAGGUUUCUCUCUCCCUCUCAGUAUAUCCUGAAGGAAGCUUCGUGUGACAGGUUGCCUUAGACGGGUGCGGUGGAGUCCCCUUAUUUUUGGUUUUAGUUUAAUUUUGUACAGAGUGAGAUCCCACAGAGAGCAACCGGCCUCAUGACCCAGAGUGACCCCGCUCCCUCGUCACCAGGAGCUGGGAGUGAUUACAGUAUUGGAGUGGCCAGUGCCUGAAGGUUGAAUUGCUAUAGCAACUGUCAAAGACUGUCCUGCUGAUUUUUGAUUUUUUUUAUAUAAGUAAAUAAAUAAAUAAAUAUAAAUGACAAGGUGAACUAUGUACCUUCCUUACUGUCCAAUAAUAAAAUAAACGAUUGUAAGUGUAUGAUCAAA